UCCAAGUCAGCCCCUUGACAGAGCACUUUACGAUUCUUGGAGAGUGGCACCGUCUGCCGAGGCGUAACGUUUUGAAAGCUCAGCACACACCGCAGAGAGCGGGGAUGAGUUAAGGGUCUACAAAGGAAAGAACAGACGGUUUUAAAAGUGGGAAACAAAACCAGUGAAAAGUUUUGCCCUCGAAAGAACCAGUGGAGUAGCUACACCGUGGCCAUUCAACUCCGAACUCCGAGGCUCUAUGGCAUAAAGCCCAUCCUCAGAUUCAGCUGGAGAUUGCUUCCGAGGAGCUCCUGACGCCAUUUUCCACAGUCUGAGGAGAACCAGGAAGUAGCCGGCAGGAGGCAUGCCUGCCCUGGCCACCGGAACCGGCCAUGAGCCAGGUAACGGACCCUCAGGUCUGUAUGAGCUGCUGGCGGCCCUGCCAUCCCAGCUGCAGCCUCAUGUCAACUGCUCUGAGGACAACACCUUCCUUCAGGAUAUGUUUGGAGAGAGAAGUCUCCACUCACUUGUUAAGAUCCACGAACGGCUGCAGCACUAUGAAGAGAGCAAGCCCGCCCCUGUCCUGGAAGGAGCUGCACCUCUGGCACGUGACGUGUCUGAUGAGCUGGAAGGCAAAUCAGCCAGUCAGGAUGUCAAAGAGCUUCUUAAACUGCUGGCAAACCCACAUGUAAAGAGCCUCCUGUCCGUCCACGACGCAGUUGCCCAAAAGAAGUAUGACCCCGAACUACCUCCGCUGCCUGAAGACAUCGAUGACGAUGAAGAUUCUGUGAAAAUUAUAAGAUUGGUCAAGAACAAGGAGCCACUGGGAGCAACAAUAAGACGUGAUGAGAGCACAGGUGCCAUCAUUGUGGCCCGGAUCAUGAAGGGAGGGCCAGCUGACAGAAGUGGUUUAAUUCAUGUAGGGGAUGAACUGAAGGAGGUCAAUGGAAUCCCUGUGGACGACAAGAAACCAGAGGAAAUCAUUCGUAUUCUGGCACAGUCACAAGGAGCCAUUACCUUUAAAGUUGUCCCUGGUGCAAAGGACGAGGCAUCUAUCAAGGAGCCACAGAUGUUUGUGAAGGCGCUCUUUGACUACGACCCAAAAGAUGACAACACCAUCCCAUGUAAGGAAGCUGGUUUGGCCUUCAAGAAGGGUUGCAUCCUACAGAUCAUGAGCCAAGAUGAUGCAACCUGGUGGCAGGCCAAACACGAGGGCGACACAAAUCCUCGUGCUGGCUUAAUACCAUCCAAACAGUUCCAGGAGAGGAGACUUGCAUUUCAGCAACCUGUUACGACUCUUUCGUCCCUAAGGAGGUCUACUAGACGAUCAU